GCGGGGGGGCAGGCCGAGAGGAGACAGCAGGAGAUGCUUUGGGAAACUUUGGAGUACAGGGCUUAGAGCGCAGGGGUUUUGGGGGGACAUCCCCCCCACCUGGGUACGCAGCCGUGUCCUGGGGAGAGGGGAGAACAACGAGGAGGUGGCCCUGGCUGCGGAGAAGGAAGGUGUGACCUAGCUGCUGCACAGGCACACAUCUUCCCUAACCUGCUUUUUGUGUCCACCAAAGUCCUGGCUGCGCUGAUUAAUGCUUGUGUAAUUAGAGUUAAAGUCUGCAGGAAUUCUGAGAGUUGUGACAAUUCGUGGUAGCCCUCCUGUGCUGCAGAGGGAGGUUCAGGAUGCUGCAGGUGGCCUUCCCUCCUCUGUUCCCACCCUGUGCCGACACAGCACCAGGUCCCCCAGCUUGCAGCUGGCAAAGACUGGUGUGGUCAGAAGCAGGUACUGGUGAGGGUUCCAUCUGCAGGACUUCAGGGCCUGAGGACAGCCACUGUAUCAUCUUCUGAAAUUCAGAUAGAAAAUAUCUGUGCUUUAUUUCCUGCAUAUACAGAAUUAUUAAAAUGAAUGACUUGGAAGUUUCUUCAUCCAAGAUCUGGUUUGUAAUUGUCUUAAAACUACUGUAAGAUGAGCCACAAACAAUAAUUGUUAAAGCAAGGAUUUGGUAUUGAUGUGUAAACCUACUAAAGAGGGUUGCCUUCUGAAGUCUCAGAAGGCUCUGUUGUUAAGCCCUAAAAAUGAAACACAAUGCAACGCAACCCAGCAGUCAGGACAGAAUGACCGCCCAUCCUUGUACUUCAUUGUCCCUGGGCAGGCUCCAAAUCUUGUCUGAUAUUCUGCAUAAACCCUACUCUUGCUGCUUUGCUAAACGCAGCAGAGACUUCUGUCGCAUGCCAGGACACUCAGUGCCUCGGGGUUAUGGUGUACCCAGAAGGGCCAUGAAUUCACAAAGGUUUUGCCAGCAGUUUCUUUUUUUGUGUGUGUAUUUCAUAGCAGCGCUGCCUAGGUGAUCACACUGCACUGUUUUCAGUUGUGGUGGCAUUAGAGCGAAUUAUCUUAAGCCAUUUGGGACCUUGUUGGUGAAAAGGAGCAUCUUUUCAUUGAUUGCAGGACACAGGUACCAGAUCUGCGUGCUCGGGCUGUGCUUGAGAAAAUGUUAUCAGCCUGCCUGUAGCAGUAGGGGAUGGAAGUCUUGGGGGUUUGUUUUAGCCAGUGUAGAAAAGGUCUGGUUCUGGAUGUUGUCGGACCAGUGUGUGGCAGUGGCUGAACUGGAAUCCCUUUUAUACAUUCAUGUGGCUAUUAACAUGCUGCAGUAUAGCUGCUUUUGCUCAACCGGAGCAGCUGAAGCAGCCUAUGUUUUAAGUAUAGAUAAGGCUCUGCCUGCCAGAUCCUGCAGUAACCUUUAUGGGGGGCUUGAGGGCUUAGGCUGUCUAGGUAGGGCAGAUGCUGACUGUGGGGAGAGUGCUGGGGAGAGUAGCAGUCUUCUCUGGAGGUGAGCAGACUGAGUCGCAGCCAUUAGCACUCAGUUUUUAAGCAGAUGCUCCCAGUCUAGAGACUGGGGCAGAGCUGGGCCUGGCCAGCCUGGGAAUGAAGUUGCCUUGGAGAUUGGGCAAGAUUUUUAAGCGCAGAUUGGAGAAGGAUCCUGAUCUCUCCCAGUAAUUAUGUACAGUUUAAGCCUCAUCUUGUAAACAGGUUUUCAUUAGUUUCUCCAGGAGUCUGUGAUGAGUCUUGUGCCAUUAGCCUCUUCUGAGUCUUUCUGUCUGCAAACCUCUACAAGGAUACACACCAGUAAGGUUAAUUGUAAACUGGGGCUUGGAGCUGAGGGAGAUCAGGGGGGAAAGGAUUCUCUUUUGGGUUUGGGUACUUUACAGCCUGACAGGGGAACUAUCUGAAGUGACACAACUUCUUCCUUUUCUCUGAGGCUCUUGCUUAUGUGCUGUCCAUGUGUCAAGGCAAUUCUCUGCAGACAGCUGGCAGAGUGCAAAGUUUAGUAGUAUUUGCCUGCAGAUGAGUCAGCAGAAGAGAAAUAGCUUGCUCCUGUAAAGUGGAAUGAUCUUGUAGGCAAAGCAGCACAUGACAGUCACAUAUGACUCUGUCAAUGCCUUCUGAGUUCAGAGGGACGAUGGGCGAGCCGGGCAGCUGGCAGUGCCACCAGGGAGCCGGGGAGCUGUGGGUGUCAGAGGGGCCUCGCUGGGCCAGCCUUCCCCUGACUCAGAUCUUGGGUGGGAAAUGCAGCAGCUUGGGGCUGGAGCAUUUACUGAGUUGUUGCAGUCAGCUCUUGUCUUGCACAAGCUUCAAAUGUAAGUAGCAGGAUUUAUUCUGCAUGGCGCGUAAAUCUGCAAGUGAAAAGCAGUGGAAGUUACAGAAGAAACCCUGCUGCUGCAUGUAGGUUUGCAGAUUAUAAUAUUCUUCAAGAAAUUCCUUGGGACAGAAAGCACAAAGAAUGCAAAUGGGUCAGGUCCUCAUGCCAUCAGUACACUGAGGGUGCAGAAAUAUCUCAUCUUCUUCUCUGCUGUAGUGUGAGGCGGGCAGUUCUCUGACACCACCAAGGCUAAACAAAACGUCAGUACUGUCCAUGAGGAUGCAGGCAGUGAGAUAAGGCUUUGGCUAAGCCAGGAGGUUUGCUCUACCUUCUUGAGCUCCAUCGACCAGAGGUGUUAACUUUGGGGUUGUGGUUAAAUUCCAGCUCUGAUGAUGGUGUAGUUAACUCACACUAAGAGAGAAUUUUUAAAUACCUUCCCUGCCUAUAGGUUUUUUUUUUUUGACUUUGUGAUAAUCGAUGCUUGUCCUUCUUCCCUCCCAGAAGUGGCCAUGUUUCAGUGGGAAAUGACUUGACCUUUGGAGUAUUACUCAGCAAAGUGCUGGAUGGUUUCUGAAGGCUGUUAUUGCCACAGUUUAAAGAAAAUUCCUAUUUGUCCCUUCAACCGCUUCCCCUCCUUUAUUCAAUAUCUGCACUUGUGGACCAAGAGGAGCGAUUCCCUGACACAGAGAGCAGCUCUUCUCCCGUCUGGCAGUUGGUUGCUCCUCACAGAGCCCAUAGUUCUUACUGGAUGUGCUUGGCAAGAUGGAGCCACCAACCUCUUCCAGGCUGAAUUCCCGAAAGAGAAGAAAAGAUGGAUCUGGCCCCAAUGGGGCGACAGAGCUGGAUGGAAUCCCUCCAAAAAUGUCACGACGCUCACUAGGACUGAGGGAACCAGCUCCGUUUUCAGAUGAAGUGGAAAUCGAUUACAGCAAGCCAUACAUCAGAGUAACAUAUGAAGAAGCUAUGAGAGGGACCCCUUUGGAUCGCCCUGUCAGAGUUUACGCAGAUGGAAUAUUUGAUUUGUUUCACUCUGGACACGCCCGGGCCUUGAUGCAAGCGAAGAACCUCUUCCCAAACACAUACCUCAUUGUCGGAGUCUGCAGUGACGAGCUAACCCAUAACUUCAAGGGCUUCACGGUAAUGAAUGAGAAUGAGCGGUAUGACGCUGUGCAGCACUGUCGCUAUGUGGAUGAAGUGGUGAGAAAUGCGCCGUGGACGCUCACCCCCGAGUUCCUGGCAGAGCACAGGAUUGACUUCGUUGCACACGAUGACAUCCCUUAUUCUUCUGCUGGCAGCGAUGAUGUUUAUAAGCAUAUAAAAGAAGCAGGCAUGUUUGCACCAACUCAGAGGACUGAGGGGAUCUCAACAUCAGAUAUUAUCACCCGGAUCGUGCGGGACUAUGAUGUUUAUGCCAGACGGAACCUGCAACGUGGCUACACGGCUAAAGAGCUCAACGUCAGCUUCAUAAACGAGAAGAAAUAUCACCUCCAAGAGCGUGUGGAUAAGGUGAAAAAGAGGGUGAAGGAUGUAGAGGAGAAGUCAAAGGAGUUUGUCCAGAAAGUGGAGGAGAAGAGUAUUGAUCUCAUUCAGAAGUGGGAAGAGAAGUCCCGGGAGUUCAUCGGCAAUUUCCUGGAGAUGUUUGGCCCAGAAGGCGCGUUGAAACACAUGCUGAAGGAGGGCAAGGGCCGGAUGCUGCAGGCCAUCAGCCCGAAGCAGAGUCCCAGCAGUAGCCCCACACACGAUCGCUCCCCGUCUCCCUCCUUCCGCUGGCCCUUUUCAACCAAGACUCCUCCUUCCUCACCGGCCAACCGCUCCAGGAAUGAGUCUGCAGUCACCUAUGACAUCAGUGAGGAUGAAGAGGAUUAAGUUACCAGCUGGGAUUUACUGUGAACCGCUAAUCGCUGAAUCCUAAGUCCGGACCCACUGGGGAACUCGAAAUGAGCAAGAGAGCCAUAGGAGCAGGGCUGACGGUGAGCACAGGGCCUUGGAGGCACCCGUCGCUCUUAGCAAGGGCCACUGCCUGGAAGCACAUUCAAACCUCCUCUCCCUUUUCCUCCUCAAAUCCCCUUUUUAUUGUUUACGUUCUGGUGGUUUCCAGGGGGAAGAUGGUUUUUAUAUUUUAGGAAAAUAGUCUUCUAAAGAGCAAAGAACAGCACUCAAGCGUGGCUUUUGUUUUGGUUUCUUUCCCUUGUUAAACCUCCAGGCAGGAGGGAGAGUGGGAAGACCCAUCUGUCUUUUCUUUUCUUCAGCUCCUCUGUCUUACUUCCCCCACCCCCAGGCAGUAUCCAUGCCACUGCCAAAUGAAAGACCCCUCGGUUCCUCAACCAGCGUGACCUCGAGAGCACACAGGAAGCGGUGGUGUAAAGAGGCUUCUAGGAAAUAGAGACAUCUCUGCUGCUCUGGAGCUAUUAGGAAUCUAUCCAGCAGCCCCUGUAGUGCUCGUGUGCCUCUUAGCUGAACUCUCCAGCGUGUCGCAGUGAGGACGUGCUGGGUGGGGGGCUACCAGCUUAGCACGCAGGAGUUACACCCUGGAAGAACUCCCAGCACUAUAGGGUCGCCCACCCCAUAAGUGCGCAGCAUUCGCAGCUCCAAAUUCUGCAGGGGCUGGCCUUCCCAGCUAAUCUUAACAAGACUGCUAAAUCCUGAGCUAAAAUUCAGCCCUCAGUUGCUGUUGGAGAGAAGAGAAUGAAUCUUUGCUUCAGGGCACUUGCUGUCAGUGCAUUUCCUUGGGUGUGUGAGCACCCAGGUAGGAAAUGAAUGUGUGUACUCCUUUGAGAAGUUCCUUGUCCCAGUCUCUGGUGUGUAAUAAGUUUUACUGUCUGUCCAAAUGGCCCCUCAACACUGUGCUCUGUGCGUGUUUGUCUGUGUUUCAGUUGCUGUGCUCUAAGGGCUGGAGCAGUCCUUUACACUGGUGCCAUGAAGUUGCUGCUAUCAGGACAAAACGUGAAUUUGUACAGGCAGUUUGCUGCCCGUGCUGGUGUGUGCAGCCGGGCAGGUGAAGGGCACGUUUUACCCCAGGGAAGGGUCCCGGUCCCGCGUGGCAGUUACCUGGCUUGCGCAAUAAAUGCACAAAUCGGUGCCCUCUUACUCCGCUCCUUGAGGCAGGGCAGAAAGAGCAUCAGAGAGCACUGCAGCUUUUGAAGAUUUUAAACAUGUAAUCUGCUUGUUUGAAACCAUGGUCCAAGUCGUGCCUGCUGUCGUGUCUGUAAUAAACACUGAGCUUUGUGGCCUGUGGCUCCCCGCGGGCAGUUGCCCUCCCCGUGUGCACAGCGUAGCUCCCAGCACUCUGCUCUGGCAGCCAGCGCUGGAGGGACCGGUCUUGUCGCAUAGCUGUGAAACUCCCGCUUGCUUUUCUGUUUGGGUUCCCCUGUGAUAGCCGUUGUCUCUGGGUGGAGCUGCUGGGCUGAGCUGCCCGUAUCCUCCUGUGAUGCUGGGAGCGGAGGACAGCUCAGAGCCAGGUCAGCAAUACUGCAGGGAGGUCUUCAGAGCGGGGUGCGAGGCCUGGGGAGCAGUGAGUGCCAGGAGGCAAAUCGUCAGGUGCUGCCACAGGCUCUGCACAGUGCCAUGCUUCCAGGGGACACAGGGGCCCUGAGGGAGGAGCAGGCUGCCGCUUCUUUUCAGCUUUUAUCUUGCUGAUCCUUUGCCACACUGCCCAGAGGGCUUGACAGAGACUCUCUGCUUCUGUUGAAGCCAGAGUCGACAUGGGGAAAAGGGUAUUUUGGGGAUUCCUCAUCUGCCAUUUUGGACCUCUCUCAGCAGGGAUGUGCAUGGCUCUGGGAGCAUGGCUGGCUGCUAUGGAUUUUAAGCUGCAAGGAGCAAAUAAUGGUCAGUUGGUAAAAGCCAGUCAUUAAUCUCCUGGUUUAUGAGUGGUAGAGCACUUACUUUAUGUCCCUCAUUAUUCUCUCUCCCCUCACCUUCCCCACCUUCCCUUCCUCACCCUUUCCUCAGUAUGGAUGUUGCAUUUCUUUCCCAAGCCAGAUCACGAAGACCAGUCUGCUUUAGAGCCUUACUAUUUUAAACACAAGUUAUGCAACAGCGUUCUGUAAAUUUGGAUAACAAUGGUGUUUGGGAUUGUGGUUUGUUCUGCAGAGACCUUAACAUGUUUCUUGGUGUCUGCAAAACCUGGGGUGCUUGGUAAGAAGCCAGCCAUGGUUUUACAUGUAGCUUGGAGUAACAGAGCUGUUUCUUGUAACCAAUAAUCCCUGCUUCCUCCUUGCACUUAAAUUAAAUUGGACACUUGAAUCCCA